ACAAUUCAUACCAUCACACUUCGUACUUAAAUUCAAUUGUGAGUCAGUUUUGACGGGUCUAUCUAGACGUCUACCAACCGUCUAGUGCCAAGUAGGUGAAUAGUUCGGAGCCGUAUCGCAUUCCGCCAACAGCGUAUUCUUUGCGUGGAGCAACACACUAGUUCCGAAACCCAAGUGAUCGGGCCGUUGAAUCCAAAAUUCAAUUCAUAAAAUUUCCGAUUCUCUCUCAUCGGAAAACGAACACAAUCACAGCUUCAGAGUAGAGAGAAAGAGAGAGAAGCUUCGACCUUCAAGAAACCCGUCAAUGGCGGGCAACGCAGAUGAUGACGAUGCAGCUCCUCUCAUAAUGUCGCCGCCAUCUCCCAUUCUUCCUACGGCCGCGAUCGACAUUGAAGCUGGUCCUUCUGAACAAAUUCAAUGCCGUAUUUGUCUCGAAACUGACGGUAGAGACUUUAUUACUCCAUGUAAGUGCAAGGGUACGUCAAAAUAUGUACACCGAGAAUGUUUGGAUCAAUGGCGAGCUGUGAAGGAAGGGUUUGCGUUUGCCCAUUGCACUACUUGCAAGGCUCCUUAUUAUCUGAGGGUUCAUGCUCUUGCUGACCGAAAAUGGCGGACCUUGAAAUUUCGGUUUUUCGUGACGAGAGAUAUUCUGUUUAUAUUUCUAGCUGUUCAGCUUGUAAUCGCCUCACUGGCAUAUAUAGUCUAUAUGAUUGAUGGCUAUCAAGAUUUUUGGCUACAGCUUUAUUGGGGCUUUGAUAAACACUUCAGCUUUUACUACAUUUGCGGUGCUCUUUUGUUUUUUGCUUUGCUUGGUUUAUCGGGUUGUUUCAUAACUUGUUAUGAUAGAAGGGUGCGAAAUGAUCUGGCACAACCUUGUCGAGAACUUUGUCUUUGUUGCUGCCAUCCAGGACUAUGCGCAGACUGUCAUUUACCUGGAACGCUUUGUAUGUGGACUGACUGUACUGCAUGCUGUCAAGGCUGUGCCAGUUCAAUUGGUGAGUGUGGUAGCUGUUUGGGAGGUGCUGGAGAAGCCGGAUUACCGUUGUUGUUUAUAAUGGCUCUGAUUGUACUGGGGCUGUUCACGGUGAUUGGGAUAUUCUACAGUGUACUUGUGGCCACUAUGGUUGGUCAACGAAUUUGGCAACGACACUAUCACAUUCUUGCUAAAAGGAUGCUUACAAAGGAGUAUGUAGUUGAAGAUGUAGAUGGUGAGUUGCCAGGAUCUGAUUGGACUCCCCCUCCUCUCCCACCAGAGCAUGUGCAACAGCUUAAAUCUCUUGGGCUUUUGUAAGCUAAUUUAAGAGAAGCAGGUAAUGUUGUAUUAGAAAUUUAGAAUGUAAUAUGGAUGGCCAGUCAACUGAUAUAUUGCUAAUUCGUCAUAGCAGUGUUUCGAAGAGAGCUCGACGUUUAUUUUGUUUGAUCAUAUACUAGGUGGUCGAAUGAUCCUUUAUGGGAACAAACUUUGGUGAUGGUUUUCACUUGCUCUACUGUCAGUACAGGUAUAAUCUGUUACCAUGCACAUACCGAGUUACCAAUAUGCAUUACAAAAUGAUAGAUUGUCAUCUUUUGGCACAUGAAAGUGCGAUAGGUUUCAUACAAGAGUAUCUGGUUUGGGAAAACAAUUGUAAUGUCUUCUUGAUAAAACUAUAUUGGCUCUAUCUUUGGGGCUUUUCUGAGGGGUUAACAGUGCAAGUGUUCUGGUGUUUGUUUCCUCUUUUUUUUUUUUUUUUUUUUUUUGUGAGAAUUUGAUGCUGACAACUCCUGUAGAUGUACAUGUAGUCUAUUAGUAACAACCAUUGUACAAGUAGAUUUUUCCAAGCCAAACAAAAGGGAAAGUAGUGACCAAGUGAACUACGCAUUCAAGAUUUACCCAAAUUAUGUAUCGAACUAUUGGGUAAUUUAUGUAUUGAAAUCAGUAACUUGCUUCAA